AUGGCCGAGGCCGCGGACGGGGAUUUCCGCCUCCUCAUGGACUACGCGCACGGCUUCAUGGUCUCGCAGGUGGGUGCUGCGCUCAGUCCUCCUGGGUGCUGCUCUGAGUCCCUGGAGACAAAGGUGCUGGGUGCUGAGUCCCCCUGGUACUCCAGGUGCUGCGCUCAGUUUCCCCCGGGUGCUGCGCUCAGUCCUCCUGGGUGCUGCUCGGAGUCCCUGGAGACAAAGGUGCUGGGUGCUGAGUUCCCCCGGGUGCUGCGCUCAGUCCUCCCCGGGGUGCUGGGCCGAGUUGACCCAGAGUGGGCUUCGGGGGCACGGAGUCUCUUCCCCCCUCCCGGGUGCUGCGCUCAGUCCUCCUGGGUGCUGCUCGGAGUCCCUGGAGACGAAGGUCCUCUUCACGGCCUCCAACCUCGGCCUGUUCGAGGCACUGGCCCCAGGAGGCCCCGCCCCUCGCCCCAGGAGGCCCCGCCCCUCACCCCAGGCCCCGCCCCCAGGGCCCGCGCCGAGCGCCUGCUCUUCAUGCACGCCCUGCAGGAUACCUGGAGCGUCUACGGCGCCCGGGUGCUCACGGCCUUUGACCUCUCGGAGUUCAGGGUCAUCUGUGAUGUCGGCAGCGGCUCCGGAGCCCUGGCCGCGGCCUGCGCCCGCCUCCACCCCGCCAGCUCCGUGUCCAUGUUCGACACCUGCGACGUCGUCGCCGCCGCCCGCGCCCACUUCCGGCGCCCACGGGGGGACCCGCCCGUCCGCUUCCUGGGAGGCGACUUCUUCCGGUCCCCGCUCCCGCGCGCCGACCUCUACAUCCUGGGCCGGGUCCUGCACGACUGGACGGACGCGGACGCCGCGCGGCUGCUGGGGAGGAUCGGGCGCGCGGGCGGACCGGACUCCGCCGUCCUCCUGGUCGAGGCCGUGCUGACCCCCGGGGGCCGCGGCCCGGCGCGCGCGCUGCUGAUGUCGCUGACGAUGCUGCUGCAGACGCGCGGCCGCGAGCGCAUGGAGGCCGAGUUCCGCGCCAUGGCCGCCGCCGCCGGCUUCGCCCACUUCCAGCGCCGCCCGACCGGGGGCGACCUCGAGGUCAUGCUGGCCAAGAAGUGA